UUAUAUAACGGCAACCAACCACUUGCAAAGACCUCAUCUUUUUCUUGAAAUACAACAAAUUGCAUUACACAACUUCUUCUUUGUACCAAAGGAUAGUAAAUAAAGGAGCAAUCUUGAUCAAGAAAGUGUUUUGAAAAUUUGGGGGUUUUUGUGUUUUGAGAUUUGAGGUUUUAAUUUGGUGUUUUGGGUAUUUCAAGAAUCAAUUUUUUUUGGAGAAAAAAAAAUGACAAGUAUAGUGGGAAAUCAGAAAGAUCUGAAUUUCAAAGCUACUGAGCUGAGGUUAGGUUUGCCUGGUACAGAAGAUCAAGAAUCUGACCAAGAAAUAUCAAAUUCCAAGAAUAACAACAAAAGGGCUUUGCCUGAAUCAACUCAUGAUGAAGAAGAUUGUGAAUCUAAGUCAAGUUCUGAUCAUGUCAAAACCCCACCUGUUGCCAAGGCACAAAUUGUGGGGUGGCCACCAGUGAGAUCUAACAGGAAAAACAUAAUCCAACCAAAGAAAACAGAAUCUGAAUCUGGAAUGUAUGUCAAAGUUAGCAUGGAUGGUGCCCCUUAUCUAAGAAAAAUUGAUGUGAAAAUGUAUAAAUGUUAUCAAGAACUACUAAAAGCCUUGGAAAACAUGUUCAAACUCACCAUAGGUGAAUACUCAGAAAGAGAAGGCUAUAAAGGGUCUGAAUUUGCCCCUGCUUAUGAAGACAAAGAUGGUGACUUGAUGCUUGUUGGUGAUGUUCCUUGGGAAAUGUUUAUGUCUUCUUGUAAGAGGCUGAGAAUAAUGAAAGGAUCAGAAGCAAGAGGCUUGGGAUGUGGAGUUUAACUUAUAAAUUAUAUAAAUUCCCAAAUAGAACAUUAUGAUGAUGAAGAAGUUUUUUUUUUUCUCUUUUUACAGUAAAAAGAGUCUUUUUUUCACCUUAGGUUCUUGAUUAAAAUGAACCUAAAUAUUGUAAUCAAAACAGUUUUUUCUCUGGACAGAAAAAACCUUAGUAGUUACAGUUUUAUUAAAUUUUGUUGUUUUUAUUUUGGAGUCAAUAUGAUUAAUAUAAAUAUAUGUAUAGCAGGAAAAACAAACCAUGGGUGGUUUAAAGAUCCUGCAAGUGUUAUUUUCUUGUUUUUUGUUUUGGAAUAAUCUCAUCAAACAUACAAUAUAGUAUACUAUAUAUGUUUUUUUUUCUUUUUGUUGCUAAGAAAGCAAUUGUACAAAUUCACAGUAAAUACUGUUUUUGGUUUA